AUGCAUCACAAUUCAUUAGCCGCCAUCGGCAGAAGUGUAACCAUAGAGGCCCAGGAUAGCUUGUCAGAGUCAUCUGAGGACCGCAGCUCGAAGGAGUCGUUCCGGUCAGCGGAGCGAGUGUCAGCAAAGCCCGAGUCUUCGUCGCAAAGAAUCUUCCGCCUUGAUGAGUUACUGAUGCACCUGAAGGAUGUUGACCAGCAACUGAGGGAGUUGCACACCACCAAGGAACUGGCAACUUUAAAAAAUCCGAUCAGUGCAUCCCAAUUUGGACAGGAGGUAAGUCCGGAAAAUAAUUAUUUCAUGCAGUUCAAGUGUUACAUCACAUACGUACUCUAA